AUGAUUGCAACUAUCAGUCUCGAGCUCACCGCCCGGCUGAGGAGGUGAAAGUUUCUCCGCGGGAGGAUAAACUGCAGAAGACAAUACUGUACAUGCUUUUCGUCAGCGAUUGAGGAAAGGAAGUGGGAGAAAAUUCCUCCAAAAAAACAAUCGAAUAUAAAUAGAAAACGGAGAGGUGAGUUUGCGUGGUCGGUAGAAUAAGUCGCACAAGCCUCCAAGCAACAGCAGAGGUGAGUGUGUUUGCGCGUGAUUUUAAAAAAUUUCUUGCAGUCCCAGCUGCAGACUUACGAUGCUCCUGGACGCAGGACCUCAGUAUCCUGCCAUAGGAGUGACUACGUUCGGUUCCUCCAGACACCACUCAACAGGCGAAGUCACCGAGAGAGAAGUUGGGUUGGGGAUAAAUCCGUUUGCUGACGGGAUGGGCGCUUUCAAAAUCAACCAUGGUACCCAUGAUCUGGCCCCUGGACAAACGGCGUUUUCCUCCCAGGCUCCCAGCUAUGCGGCCGCUGCUCUGGGGCACCAUCACCAUCCCGCUCAUGUCAGCUCUUACUCCACCGCGGCGUUCAACUCCACCCGGGACUUUCUGUUCCGAAAUAGGGGAUUCGGAGACGCCGCGAGCGCACAACACAGUCUUUUCGCCUCCGCAGCGGGGACUUUCGCAGGGGCACACGGACACUCCGAUGCCGCGGGGCAUCUUCUGUUCCCAGGACUGCACGAGCAGGCGGCCACGCACGGGUCCCCGAACGUUGUAAAUAGUCAGAUGCGCCUGGGUUUUACCGGGGACAUGUACAGCAGAGCGGAGCAGUAUGGACAGGUCACGAGCCCCAGGUCCGAGCACUAUGCAUCGACCCAGUUGCACGGCUAUGGCGCUAUGAACAUGAACAUGGCUGCGCACCAUGGAGCCGGGGCCUUUUUUCGGUACAUGAGGCAACCGAUCAAACAAGAACUUAUCUGCAAGUGGAUUGAACCCGAACAACUGUCGAACCCGAAAAAGUCGUGCAACAAAACUUUCAGCACGAUGCACGAGCUUGUGACCCACCUCACUGUGGAGCAUGUUGGGGGACCAGAACAAUCGAAUCACAUCUGCUUUUGGGAAGAGUGUCCCCGAGAAGGGAAGCCCUUCAAAGCAAAGUACAAACUCGUUAACCAUAUCAGAGUGCACACGGGCGAGAAACCGUUCCCCUGCCCGUUUCCCGGCUGUGGCAAAGUGUUUGCGAGAUCUGAAAAUCUUAAAAUCCACAAAAGAACACACACCGGCGAAAAACCAUUCAAAUGCGAGUAUGAGGGCUGCGACAGGCGGUUUGCGAACAGCAGUGAUCGUAAGAAACAUAUGCACGUCCACACGUCUGACAAGCCCUAUCUCUGCAAAAUGUGUGACAAAUCCUACACACAUCCCAGUUCUCUCAGAAAACACAUGAAGGUUCACGAAUCGUCGUCACCAGGGUCUCAACCGUCUCCAGCGGCCAGCUCAGGGUACGAGUCAUCCACGCCUCCGACAAUCGUAUCCCCAUCGACAGAGAACCAAAGCAGCAGUGCUAUAUCUCCAGCGUCCUCCACGGUGCACCACGCGACCGGUCACAGCGCGCUGUCAUCAAAUUUUAACGAAUGGUACGUUUAAAAUGUUUUUAAAUGACUGCAGAGUUAGGACUGCUGGAGCACAAAGACUCUAAGAGCCGCACAAUAGGCACGGAGUGAAAACACGACGAACCCAAUUUUUUGUGGUACACGACUGCUAUGCGAAGGGUGAGCAAUGCACCGUCCGACGGGAAGUUCAUAGGAGUUUGAAAGACUGCAUACAGGAGAUCUCAAAUUGCAUGAUAACUGCGAGCUGCGGCCUGUUUGUACAUGAAGACUUUCUUGUUUAAAUAUGUAAUAUGUUAUUUUGUAAAUAGCUAUAUCACAGUUUACGGGAUUUUGUGAAAAGUGUGGUCCCCAGAUUUAUGGAAAAUGAAAUGGUUUUUAAAGCAUAAUGCGAUGAAUAGUAUUGAUUGACAAGAAUGUUAUAGUAAAUGUGUACCAAAUGUGAAUUACUCUGUAUGGUUACACGUCGACCUAACCGACUAUUAGUAUUAAUGUGCUUUUGUAUACAGUGAAAACAUUUCGUCCCGAAGUCUAGUCUGAGUACAGUAAAUUGUUGUUAUUAAAUGUCAUGUCGAUAAAUCGUAUAGUAAAAAGCCUGAAACUCCGUGUCACUCUGUUGGUGAUAUGUAUAUAUACAAUAUAUAAGGAAAAACAUAUCUGUCCAUUUCCAAAAUUAUUUGUCCAUUGCCUUGGUAAAUUGAAACAAAUCACAUUAUGUGUAACCCAAAUCUCCAUAUUUAUCCGCAUGUAAAGGGCCGGUAUGUUAGAAAUACUCGAUAUUUAUGGGGAAAUGCGUUCGUAUGUAAAUUUUAGUUUAUAAACUUGUUUGGUUACAUUUUGUACAGUAUUAAAAAAACUUAAAUGGAAAAUAACUGCUCUCGGCAUUUUUGUCUCUACUAUUCUGCUGAAUUUAGACAUUAAUGAGUUGCACAUACUAUGUCGUGUUAGGAUGGUAUUUAAAUUGAUUAAGGAUCCUUUGUCCUGCGGAAUGCAAUCAUGAUGUUAGUCAUAAUGAAAUGUAUUAUCUACAAAAUUUUGAAUUUACUGAAUCCUCAAGCCAUAAAGAUCUACAUAGACACAGAUGCGAAGAUAAAAAGUGCUUUGAAUAUAACGGAUAACAUUAUUGUUUAAAUUAAUGUUUUUACUAUUUUAAUCGGCGGUACGACUGGGCUAGAGAUAUUAAAUUCUUUGCGUAAAACAGAAAAGACAAUACACUUGUUUCAAAUAUCUUCUCUGUCCUUGUUGGUUAACCUAAUUUAAUUGACAACAUCUAAUCCAGUAAAACGGACUUUAUUGAGAAUAAUUUGAUUUUCUUUCACUCUUUCUUAUUUAUCCACAAUUAACAUCAAAUCCCUGACCUUGAGUAACGAAUGAACAAAAACAGUAAAUGGCUCGGUUUCAUAAAUGAGAUUAGCCUUCUCGUGUCCAAUAAUUGCUAAACGCCUGUUCCUUGGAAACAAAUUCAGUUUCACGUUGUUUGAUUCGAUAGUGAAACAACACCAAGACUACUAACUUAGCCACGGCUAGGGUGACUGCUGAGCUAUGUUCCUCGCUGUAGCUUGCAGAUCACCCCAUUAAGCAGACAUCAAAUCAACUGACUCGAGUUAUCGUGAGCUUGGCUAGCAUUGGCACUGUGGCACAGAGCGGAGUUCACCGUACAUACGACUCACACUGAACGGCUCUAUGCGCAUAUACGAUUCUGAAUC